AUGAUUCCUUCUACUCUUCUCGCCCUUCUCAGCCUUGCUGCUGUUUCUCAGGCAGCCGCCACUCCCAAGAUCCUCGCCUCAGACGACAUCAUCGUUCUCAAGACUGAUGGUACCACCCAAAUCAUGAAGGCUACCGACCUGGAGGCUCUCGAGACCGCCCCCGCCGCCAAGAACUUCACAGCCCCUUCCAGCAAGUCUAUCCAGCGCCGCGACUGCAAGGACAGCACCGAGGUCCAGGUCCUCUCCGACAAGGAGUUCGUCAACUGGGACGUCCCCAUGUCCCCCGUCAUCAGCAGCCUUGGAGGCUCCAAGGCCACCGUCAGUGUCUCCAACGGCAAGACCAUCGGUAACUCUGUCAGCGGCGGCGCAGGCGUUAGCAUUCCUCUCCUCAAGUCCCUCCUCAAUGUUUCGCUCAAGAUCGACUACUCCAAGACCUGGUCUUCUAGCCAGACCCAAUCGCUCAGCUUCACUGUUCCCGAGAACCAGCACGGUAUUAUCGUCAGUCAGCCUUAUGUGCGCCGUGUCCAGGGCAACGUCAUCGAUGGUUGCACCGGCGAGGCUAAGGAUGAGUUCAUGUCGGAUUCUUAUGAGAGCCAAUCUUAUGGCGAUAUGGAGUGGGUCAAGGGAAUUAUUCGCCUCUGCAGCAGUGAGACUUACCCCAUUCCUUUCUGCAACGGCGAGGGCGAGCACAAGUAA